AUGACUUCCACUGCGAGCACAACCAACCAAAAUCCGGCGACCACAACCAACGCUCCAGCUGCGUCGUAUGCUUCUGCCGCCGGUGCAAACACGAAGCCGACAUCGCCGCUGAUUGCGACGGGUUCCCAAACGCCCGUGGUCGUUGGAUCUACCAGCACCUCCCAAAAUGCCUCUCAGCAGCAACCGCUGAACGGUGGCGGCACCACCACCGUCACCGUCACUCCGGCUGUCCCCUCAGCCGCCCCGCCUGUUGCCCGCGGCAGCUCCAUCGUCAACGGCGGUUCUAACCAUGGCCACACUAGCUCCGUGACCAUCAGCGCGCCCGCCAGUCACAUCGCAAACGGUGGUCCGGUCGGCAACCACAAGAACAUCCAGUUCGGUUUUCCGUCGCCUCAAGGCACUCCCCAUAUGGCUGGUGCUGUUCCCAUCCCGAUCACCGGCAGCGGCAACCAUAGAAUCCCAUCUCCUGCACACUCUCCCUCCCCCAUUCCUCAGGUUCCUCAGCAGAGCGGUGGCCAGCGGGCCCCGAACAUGUCACAAGUGCCACCUCCGACCUUUGGCAGUUUUCCUGGAGAUAACGAUAGACACUUGCGCCAGCACCCGGGCGCCAAUCAGGCUCCGCAUCUCCGCCACGAUUCCCCGGCCUCUGGCCACGGCGAUGGUGUAAGUCACGGCGGUCAUGGUCGUGGCGGCUACCAAGGCCAAGGCCGCGGUCGUGGAGGCUUCAACACCUCCCAGUUCAACGCCCCGCCCAUGGGUGGCUAUGCGCAAUCUCGAAACUUCUCCGGCGCCAACGCCGGUCGUGGCGGCAUGUACCACCCCCAGGGUCGUGGUGGCAUGCAGCAAUACCCCAGCUCUCCGCAGCCUCCUCGGGCUAGCCCUGCCGGCACGCCGACAAUGGCUCACGGCACGCCCGUAAUCCCUCCGGCCACGAUCCCUACGCCCCAUGCCCAGCCGUUUUACCCGCCCUUGUACUCUCAAGUAAAGUCACCCUUCCAUUUCAACAAUCAGUCAACCCUUCAGCAGUUUACCAAGAGCAAGCCCGGACGACGGGACUCGGAGAAAGUUGCCCAUCGUCUUCGGGUUCCAACCGCGCCUUUGCCGAAGCACACAGGAAUGGAUCAGCCCCUCGCCCCGAGGUCGCGGCGCUCGAGUAAGCGUUGGGAUCCAGCGGGCGAGAACCAUCGCGACUUCCACAGUGGCAUGCAGAUGCCGGAAUACUCGGAUGGUCCCAUUCCCACUUACGGCUUCAAGGCCGGCCGUCCGGUUCCUGUACUCGCUCCUCACAUGAUGGGGACCACUAUCGACCUGUCUCCAGAGAGCGGCACAUUUGAAAAGCUGCUAACCUCCAACAAGAUGCAGGUGCCCAACCCUUAUGCCAUAGGCCCCAUGGAUGGCUACAGGAUGAAUUAUCCCGCUUAUGGGCCUCCGCAGCCCAUGAACCCCUACUUGGGUCAGCCCCCCCAGUUCCCGCCUGCGGGCCCUCAGCCUUUUGUCGCUCCCUAUGCGUCAGCCCAACCGGCCGCACCGCCUAUGUCGCGUAACGCAUCACAGGUUUCCGGGCAGCCUGCCACCACGCCACAGGCCCAGCCUCCGGUCAUCGCGUCAAGUACACCGCUCCAACGGUCCACACAACCCGCUCAGCCCGCGAUUGUGUCGUCAACCUCGAAUUUCUCCCGCCCCCCAAAAAAGAGCGCAGCCGUUGUCAUCAAGAACCCAGAUGGUUCAGUCCUUGACUUCUCGCAGGUAAAGGGCCAAACUCAGGCCAAAACUCCGCCGGUUGUCUCUUCGACGCCAACCCCUCCCCCCAAGGCCUCGACACCCUCACAUGCUCGAACUGAAAGCGUUACGACCAGUGGCAAGACUGCCGAACAGGUGCGGAACGAGUUCAAAAACGCCGUUCAGACCAAGGUGGAAAGCUCUGAGGCGAAGGCUAAGGAGGAGGAAGCAGCCAAGGCCGCUGCUGAGAAAGCUGCCGCUGAGAAGGCCGCUGCUGAAGAGGCCGCUGCUGAGGAAGCUGCUAAGAAGGCUGCGGAGGAGCAGGCUAAGGCACAAGCCGAGGCCAAGGCUCAGGAAGAGGCAGAGGCCAAGGCCAAGGCCGAAGCGGAAGCGAAGGCCAAGGCGGAAGCCGAAGCCAGAGCCCGGGAGGAGGCGGAAGCUAAGGCUAAGGCUGAGGCUGAAGCAAAGGCUCAGGCUGAGGCUGAAGCAAAGGCUCAGGCUGAGGCUGAGGCUCGAGCUAAGGCCGAGGCUGAGGCUGAGGCUCGCGCCAAAGAAGAGGCAGAAGCUAAAGCGCGUGAAGAGGCAGAAAGCAAAGCCAAGGCCGAGGCCGAGGUAAAGGCCAAGGCAGAGGACGACGAGAAGACCGAAGCUCGUAAACCUGCAGGUGCGCUCAAGGACCCCAACGAGAUGACUGAGGAGGAGCUCGAGCGCAUGAUUCGUGAGAUGGAAGAAGAGGAUGCGCGCCGUGAGCGUGAGCAGGAGGAAAUUUCGGCGAGGAAGAAGAAGGAGGCCGAAGAGGCCAAGCGUCGUGAGGAGGAGGAGAAAGCUAAGAAAGCGGCCGAGAUGGAUCGCAAGCUCCGUGAGAUGGAACGUGAGAUGGAGCGGCUAGAAGAGGAGAAGGAGCGUCGGCGCAAGGAGGCUGAGGCAAAGGGCGAGGUCGUCUCCGUCCGUGAGCUUCUUGGCAAGACCAAGAAUGCCGAAGAGUCAAAGGUUUCUAGCGAAAAGGACAAGGGGGCGGCUGAGAAGGCCAGCAGCAGCAUUCCUGAUGAGCCGGAGAAGGCGAGUACGUCCAAGCCCGGGGCCAGAAAGCCGGCCGCUCUCAAUCUCGCGCCUCUCAAAACUGCGAGUGUUGAGGCACCCCAGCCGAGUGCUGCGCUUCAGUCUCUGCGGUCAGCGCGCUUCUUACCAGGCAUUGUCCAGGACAUCUAUCCCCCGGGCAUCAAAUCGCCGAACCCUGCGCUCAACGAAGCCGUGCAGAAGAAGGGCCGCAUCUUCAAGUACGACGUUCAGUUCCUCUUGCAAUUCCAGAACGUCUUCACGGAGAAGCCGUCUCCAGAUUUCGAUCAGCAGGUCAAGGCGCUCAUCGGCGACUCGGACAGUUCUCGCUCCGGUUCGGCGCGCACUCCUGGCGGUGCCGGUCGCCAAGGCUCGCGGGGCCCGUCCUCUGCCUUCCCUCCCGGAGGUGCCAUGGGCCAGUUUGGGGCCAAGACGCUCCCUCCCGGCACGACAUCGGAGCAGCGCUUUGCCAUGUCCCAGGGUAGCCUUCCCAGACCGGGCAUGGGCACGAUGGGUGGUGCCUUCAACCGCCCCAGUGCCUUCCCUGGCAACCUGAGCCGUACUCCUUCCUCGGGCCCUGGCGGCCUUCCCUCGCCACGCACGGGCAGCAGGCGUGGUGGGAGCCGUGCCAAGGUCAGCGAGGCACAGGCUGCGAAGACCAUGCCUCUCACCCAGGGCCAGGAGAUCAAACCCAUCACCAUCUCAGCCACAGGCUGGAAGCCGAUGAGCAUUGGCAACAAGACUGUGCAGAACCCGACCGCUGUUAUUAACGCUGGCGGCCAUCUGGAUCCGGAGAUGGUGCAGCGCAAGGUGAAGGCUGCCCUAAACAAGAUGACACCCGAGAAUUUCGACCGUAUCUCGGAGCAGAUCUUGACCAUUGCCAGCCAAUCCAAGGACGAGUCGGACGGCCGCACCCUGCGCCAGGUCAUCCAGCUCACCUUCGAGAAGGCCUGCGACGAGGCCCACUGGGCUUCCAUGUAUGCCAAGUUCUGCAAGCGUAUGCUUGAUAGCAUGAGCCCUGAAAUCCGCGACGAGAACCUUCUCGACAAGAACGGCAACGUUGUUUGCGGUGGCGCCCUGUUCCGCAAGUAUCUACUCAACCGCUGCCAAGAGGAAUUUGAGCGUGGCUGGAAGGUCGACCUGCCCAAGAACGGCAAGGGCGAGGUUGACCUCAUGUCCGACGAGUACUAUGCUGCCGCCGCUGCCAAGCGGAAGGGUCUCGGUCUCGUUCAGUUCAUCGGCGAGCUUUACAAGCUUACCAUGCUCACCGAGCGCAUCAUGCACGAAUGUGUGCGCAAGCUGCUGGAGUUCCAGGAUAUGCCUGACGAGGCCGAGAUUGAGUCGCUGUGCAAGCUCCUGCGCACCAUCGGCGGCAAUCUCGACGCUCAUGAGCGCGGAAAGCAGCUUAUGGACGCCUACUUCACCCGCAUCAACGCCAUCAUCGAGCUCCCAGGUCUGCCCAGCCGUCUGAAGUUUAUGCUUAUGGACAUUGUGGAUCUCCGGAAGGCCAACUGGGUCUCCAAGGAUGCCAACAAGGGCCCCAAGACUCUUGAGGAAGUUCGCGCUGAGCACAUGCAGGCUGAGGCCCAGGCUGCGCAGAAGGCAGCCGAAACCGCACGCAAUGCUUCCCGUAGUGGUCCCGGUGGCCGCCCCGCUGGUGGGCGCAGCGAUUCGAGGAAUACCUCGUACAGCAACACGGCCACCAACGUUGGCAUGGACGAUCUCCGUCGUCUCAAGGGUUCGUCGAGCCGUACCGGCAGCAACAACCCUUCUUUCGGGCCGACUUCUAUGUUCAACUCUCGCAGCAACAGUGGUCGACGAAUGGGCGGUCCCGGUGGUGCUUUUGGCCGUGCUGGAGAGGAUUCUGGCACUUCCUCACGCACCGGCACACCACCUGUGUCGAACCGCGAGUCUGUUGCUCAUGCCAAUGCAUUCGGGCUUCUUGCUGAUACAGGAGACCACCCGGCUUCUCCUCCGUCGACCCAUGCGUCACCGGCUCUGUCUAAGGCAACUCUCGACACCGUUGCCGCCGGUGAUGUCAAAAAAGAGUAA